AUGGGGUCUGCACAGGAAAAUAUGGCGGGGUUUUCGGCGUUCACCGACACCACAUACACCGAUACGUACGACUAUAUCUCCCCGAAGAACCUAGACCUAAGUGGAAAAUCAGUCUUCAUCUCUGGAGCGUCCAAGGGCAUCGGGAAGCAAACAGCACUCAGCUACGCUACGGCGGGCGCUUCCGAAAUCGCUAUUGGAGCUCGGUCGGAUCUGUCAAGCUUGGUGACCGAGAUCAAAGAAGCAGCGCAAAAAGCCGGCCGUAAGGAACCGACGGUCCUCGCCCUGAAGCUCGAUGUUGCGUCAGAAGACAGCGUCAAGGCCGCCGCCGAUGCCGUCUCGGCCAAGUUCGGAGGGAAGCUCGACAUAUUAAUCAACAACGCCGGCUAUCUCAAUGAUUGGGGUAAACUUGCGGAGGGGAGCACAUACCAUUGGUGGCACACAUACGAAAUCAACGUGAAGGGGGUCUACCUGUCUAGCAAAUAUUUCAUACCGCUACUCCUCGCAGGCGAGCUUAAGACCAACAUCAUCGUGUCGAGCAUCGGUGCCCUUGUUGUUAUCCCUACUGGUUCGAGUUACCAAAGCAGCAAAACCGCCGUCAGCCGGAUUGCGGAAUUCUUAGCGACAGAGUACGAGAACGAAGGCUUGAUUUCCUACUCGAUUCACCCCGGUGGAAUCAAGACGGAACUGGCAACCAACAUGCCCGAGGAAUUCCACAGCUUCUUGGUGGACGAAGUGGCGCUUCCGGCAGAUGCCCUCACAUGGCUGGGAGCUGAGAGACGACCGUGGUUGAGCGGGAGAUUCGUGAAUGCCAAGUGGGAUAUGAGAGAGCUCGAGGCUAAAAAGGACGAGAUUGUUAAGCGUGACCUGCUGAAGUUCAGGUUGACGAUUUAA